CUGUGGGAUGGGCGGGGGUAAGUGCUUCCGGUGUCUGGCGUGAAGUUGUGGGUAAACAGGUCCUGUAGCCGUGGCAGCUGCCGAGGCGGGCGGGUUGGCUGCAGCGUACAGGAGAGAGGAGCUGUGUGCCCACAACAGCAGCAGUUACUGGGUCGACAGCUGAACUAUGUGCUCCUACGGGGCGGGCAUCAUGUGGCAUUCAUCUCUGUACCCCCAGCAUCUAGCAGUCCUGGCAUGUAGUAGGCACUCAAGAAAUGUGUGUUGAAUGAAGGAUGUCUGUGCCAAGCAACUGGACUUUACUCUUUCCCGACCCUUGCUCCUAUGACACACCUCCUCCUGACUGCCACUGUCACCCCUUCAGAGCAGAACUUCCCUAGGGAACCUCGGAGGGAAACAGCCAUGGCCAAAGACAUCCUGGGUGAAGCUGGGUUGCACUUUGAUGAGCUGAAUAAGCUGCGAGUGUUGGACCCAGAGGUUACGCAGCAGACCAUAGAGCUCAAGGAAGAGUGCAAGGACUUUGUGGACAAAAUUGGCCAGUUUCAGAAAAUAGUUGGUGGGCUAAUUGAGCUUGUUGACCAACUGGCAAAAGAAGCAGAAAAUGAGAAGAUGAAGGCCAUUGGUGCUCGGAACUUGCUCAAAUCUAUAGCAAAGCAGAGAGAAGCCCAACAACAGCAACUUCAAGCCCUAAUAGCAGAAAAGAAAAUGCAGCUGGAAAGGUAUCGAGUUGAAUAUGAAGCUUUGUGUAAAGUAGAAGCAGAACAAAAUGAAUUUAUUGACCAAUUUAUUUUUCAGAAAUGAACUGAAAAUUUCAUUUUUAUAGCAGGAAGGCAAAAAAAAAAAAAAAAAAAAAAAAGUCCCUCCAAACCAAAAAACCGCUACCAUUCCAGUGACCUGACUGAUGACCUAAGUGUGUAAUGAGGCGGUGUGUAAGGAGCGCAGCCCCAAAAGGCAGUAAUACAAAUCUGGGGGAGCUGGUAUUAAGUUUUAUCAGUGCUCAGCACUGCUGGUGGCCACACAGGGCAGGUCCUCACCUCUUGUAUUCUUAGUAUGAACUAAGCGGCCUGUAACCUUGCUCUUUUUUGUAAAUUCACAAUACUUUGGAAGGAAAAGCAAUAAAUUAUUGUUUUCAAA